AUGGUUUUCUCCUCAACCACCGUUGUCAAAGGACGAGCAAAAGGCAUUGUUGUCGGCACUGGAAUGAAAACCCAGAUCGGAAAGAUCGCAACGACUCUAAUGAACGUCGACUCGAAUGAACAGACCCCCUUGCAGAAACGUCUCACAAAGAUGGCUUACUUCGUUUUCGUGGCUGCUCUAAUCCUUGUCCUCAUUGUUUUUGCUGUGCAUGGAUUCAAAUAUUCGAAUGAAGUCGCCAUUUAUGCCAUCUCUGUUUCAAUUGCCAUCAUCCCUGAAGGACUCGUAGCUGUCGUGACCUUGACCAUGGCCUUUGGUGUCAGUCGUAUGGCUGAAGUCAAGGCUAUUGUUCGCCGCCUCUCGUCCCUUGAGAGCUUGGGUGCUGUCACUAAUAUUUGUUCUGACAAGACUGGUACUUUGACUCAGUCUAAGAUGGUCGCUGUACGUAUGUGGCUCCCAAGCGAUGGUUUCUAUCGUAUUACUGGCACUGGGUUCGUCCCUGAGGGCGGUAUUUACCGCCAGGGUGAAUCUUUAGGUACUGAAUUCAUGGCACAAGAAGAGAAGAUCGUGGUGGGCAGCGGUUCCAGCCAGCUCCUUCAUACCCUCCAAGCUGCAUCUCUCUGCAACAUGGCUGAACUUCGCCGAACUCAACAUCCCGAGACUCAUGGCGAGUGGUCUGCAAUUGGUGAUCCUACAGAGAUUGCUCUUCAAGUCCUUGCUUAUAAGGCAGGCCUUCCCAAACCUGAGCUGGUUGCGCAGGGUUUCAAUUUGAUCGCCGAAUUCCCAUUCGAUUCAUCCGUCAAGCGCAUGUCGGUCCUCUACCAGAUACCGGCCACUGCUGGAUAUGCAUGUGAAAAAGUCAUCUUCAUGAAAGGUGCUACUGAGCGUGUCAUUGGUUGCUGUAAUUAUUGGCGUGAUGGCGAUGUUGAGCGUAGUUUCCUCGACGAGAAAGAUAAUACUCGUGCUUCGUUUGAGGCCAUGAUCACCGAAAAGAUGAACGCUCUUGCCGAGAUGGGUCUUCGCGUUUUGACACUAGCCUAUCGUAAGUUUGAAGCUUCCGCUAGUGUUGAUUUGGCUCGUGAUCUGGGCCGUGAGGAGGUUGAAUCCAACAUGGUUUUCUUGGGUUUGGUCGGUAUCUAUGAUCCCCCUCGAGCCGAGUCACGUCCUGCUGUGCUCAAGUGUUAUGAGGCUGGCAUUCGUGUUCAUAUGUUGACUGGUGAUCACCCCUCUACUGCUGCUGCUAUUGCUAAGGAAGUCGCUAUUAUUCCUGAGGACCUUGAUGUGAAGAAAAGCCAGUUAAUUAUGACGGCUUAUCAGUUUGAUUCUAUGUCGGAUGAAGAAGUUGACCGUCUUGUGGAGCUUCCUCGCGUUGUCGCUCGCUGCGCCCCCGACACUAAGGUCAAGAUGAUUGCCGCUCUCCAUCGUCGCAACCUGUUUGCCACCAUGACUGGAGACGGCGUCAACGACUCACCAUCACUCAAAGCUGCUAAUGUUGGUAUUGCCAUGGGUCAGUCAGGAUCCGAUGUCGCCAAGCAGGCUGCUGAUAUCGUCCUGACGGACGACAACUUUGCCACUAUUGUCAAAGCUAUUGCGGAAGGUCGCCGCAUGUUUGCUAACAUCCAGAAGUUUGUUCAGCACUUGAUGUCCGCUAACGUCGCUGAGGUCGUUCUUUUGGUCAUCGGACUUGUUUUCCAGGACAGAGAUGGCCAUUCUGUCUUUCCCAUGAGUGCUGUUGAAAUUCUGUUCUUGAACAUGAUCACAUCCUCACCUCCUGCUAUGGGUCUUGGUCUUGAGCCUCCAAGCGAGUCCAAUAUGCGAGAGCCUCCACGCUCAGCCAAGCAGGGCCUCUUCUCUUUCGAGGUCGUUAUGGAUACAUUUGUGUACGGUCUCGCAAUGGGUGCCCUUUCAUUUGCCAACUUCUGCAUUGUUAUCUUUGGCUUCAACAAUGGUGAGUUUGGUUCCGAGUGCAACAGUGAGUACUCUGAUCUCUGUGAUGGUGUCUUCAGGGCCCGUGCCACAUCCUAUGCAGGCAUGACUUUCUUGAUCCUCGCCCACGCUAUCAACUGUCGCGCAUUACGCGAGCCUGGUUGGACCCGUAAGAACCUGGCGACUUUAAAGUAUAACAAAAUGCUUUGGCUAUCCAUUGUUAUUGGUGCCCUUUUGGUCUUCCCAGUUAUUUACAUUCCAGGCUUCAACAAUAAUGUCUUUAAGCACACGUAUAUGACUUAUGAGUGGGGGCUUGUUAUCGCCUCAUUGGUUAUUUUCAUUGCUUUUGCUGAACUGUACAAGAUGAUCAAGCGCCGUGUCAUGAAGCCCCUUCAUUAUCAGACUGGUAUUGAGCAAGAGAUGAAUCGCAUGCGUACAGCUGCUUCCUUCAAUGACUCUGUCCUUGAAGGCAAGGAAUGA